AUGCAGAAGACCAUGCAAGAACUAAGCAAAGAGAUGAUGAAAAUGGGAAUUAUCGGCGAAAUGAUCGAUGAUACGAUGGAUGUUGCCCUGGGUGACCCGGACGAUACUGACGAAGCGGUUUCCGCGGAAAUAGACAAAAUCCUGGCAGAAAUCACGGCCACUGAAAUUGCGAAAGUACCAGAUGCCGUUGAAGAUACUCUGCCUUCCGGUGUCACUUUGGACCGCGAGGAUAUUGUCGAGGAUGAGGGAGAAAUAAGUCAAAUGCAGGCACGACUGGCUGCGUUGCGGAACUAA